AGCCGCCAGAGUUGGCUCAGGAGCCCCGUCAUCUUCCGUCGCCCAAUUGCUGUUCCGCAGAGGGAGGCUGGUUUGCGGCAAUGGUCAUCAAGACGGACCUGUGCGCAUACACAGAGUACCGCAUCUACCCAGGAGGCGGCAAGCGGUUCGUGGCGAGAGAUGGCAAGGUGCAUUUUUUCAUUAACUCUAAGGUCGCUUCCCUGCAUCACCAGAGGAUCAAGCCGGUGCGGUUGCGUUGGACACAGGCCUGGCGGCGCAUGAACAAGAAGGGCAAGGUCGACGAGAACCAGAAGAAGCGCACCCGCAAGGCACAGAAGUUCCAGAAAGCAAUCGUCGGCAUGUCCCUCGACGACAUCAAGAAGAAGAAGGCGCAGAAGCCCGAACUGCGACAGCAGGCGAAAGAGCAAGCGGCGAAAGAGGCUAAGGCACGCCAGACAACGAAGGCGAGCAAGCCGAAGGCGGCCGCGGCGAAGGGGAAAGCUGACAACAAAGCACCCAAGGCCAAGGACAUGAAGGGCGGCGCCCAGAACAAGAGCAAGGGCCCCAAGAUGCCUGGGAAGAUGUGAGACCUCCGUCAGCCAGCCGCACGUGCCACGCUUCGCGAGGCCACACCAUCAGCCGCUAGCGACGUCGAGAUGGGAUCGUCAGAA